AGUGCAGUGAAUUCCAAUUACAGUGAGGAGAUAUUUGGCUCGGUGCUUCUUGUGAUCCCGUUCGACACUGAAGAAGAAGCGCUUGAGAUAGCCAAUGAUACGACAUUGGGCCUUGCCGCUGGACUUUUUACCAAAGAUUUGGCACGAGCUCACCGUGUUGCAGAUCAGCUUCAAGCUGGCAACGUCUAUAUCAACACUUACAAUGACGUUUGUAAGUUCUCUUUCAUUAGCAAUGUUUCAAGCUGCUUCAAAUAG